GCGGGUUGUUCGUGUUUUCACUGCACGCUGGAAAAAGGGCGUAAAUCUCUCGAUAGGACAAACAUAAAGAGUAUUGUUUUGGCAUUUUCUGAACGUUCAGUUUUUACUUCGUGGCGUUGUAAGGCGAUAAAGCCUGUCUUAGGCUUGAACGUUCGUGCGACCAUGGACGUGAAGACAGGGUGGGUUCAAACUUCUCCAGCAAGGCGGUGAAACCUCCAAAAGUCUGUCUCGAUGGCGUCCGUACUGGACGAUCCCACCUUGGAGAGACACUUCAAAGGACACAAAGAAGCCGUCACAUGUGUGGACUUCAGUCCCAAUCGGAAGCAACUGGCCUCGGGCUCGGUGGAUAAGUGUCUGAUGAUCUGGAACCUGGCUCCCAAAGCCAGAGCCUUCCGCUUCGUGGGCCACCAAGACGCCAUCACCGGCGUGCAGUUUUCUCCCAGCGGCCACCUGGUGGCCACCUCCUCCAAGGACAGAACGGUGCGGCUGUGGACGCCCACGCUGAAAGGAGAGUCCACCGUCUUCAAGGCCCACACGGCGGCGGUGCGCAGCGUGGCCUUCUCCCGGGACGGCCACCGGCUGGUGACGGCGUCCGACGACAAGUCGGUCAAAGUGUGGAGCGUCCAGCGUCGGAGCUUCAUCUACUCCCUCUGUCAGCACACCAACUGGGUGCGCUGUGCUCGGUUCUCUCCAGACGGCCGGCUCGUGGUGUCCUGCGGGGACGACCGCUGCGUCCGGCUGUGGGACACGUCUUCCAAACACUGCAUCAACUGCUUCACCGACUCCGGAGGAUCAGCCACCUUUGUGGAUUUCAACUCCAGCGGUACGUGCAUCGCCUCGUCCGGAGCCGACGGCACCCUGAAGAUCUGGGAUUUACGCACCAACAAGCUGAUUCAGCAUUACCAAGUCCACAGUGCGGGCGUCAACAGCUUUUCCUUCCAUCCGUCCAACAACUACCUGAUCAGCGGCUCCAGCGACAGCACCGUGAAAAUCCUGGACCUGCUGGAGGGACGCCUCAUCUACACCCUGCACGGACACAAGGGAGCGGUGAUCGCGGUGUCCUUUUCCAGAAACGGCGAGCUCUUCGCCUCGGGAGGCGCUGACGGCCAGGUGCUGCUGUGGAGGACCAACUUCGACGUCAAGUCUUAUCAGGACGUCCUGCAGCAGCACGCCCUCAGGUCCACGCCGGAUCCGCCGCCCCACCUGUCUGACGUCCACCCCAGGGGGCCUCACCUCCACCACCCGCAGCCCGCAGACAUCCAGAUCAGCCCGGCGGUGGCAGACACCUGGUCCACUGACCCCCCCGUCGUCGAGCUGGGCCCGGCCGGCCACGGCGCCACGGCGAGCCGCCACGCCGCGGCAUUAAACGGUCGGACGCACUUGACGCCCACGCAGGGCUCCUCCAACAGUCACCACUCCAGCUCCUUUCUGGCGCAUCGCGCCGCCAGCGCGGCCGCGGACGAGUGGCCGGGGGGCGAGGGGUCCGGCGGGGCGGGCUGGACUGCCGGGAACCAGACCGGGAGAGGAAGAGGAAGGGAAGCGAGGGAGGAGGCGGCGGCGCAGACGCAGCCGCUGGAAGUCCUUUCCGGCCAUCCGGCCAGCCUGCACUCCACCCUGCAGCACAUCGUCCAGCAGCUGGACGUUCUCACGCAGACGGUGUCGGUGCUGGAGGAGCGUCUCACCCUCACCGAAGACAAGCUGAAGGAGUGUCUGCUCCACCAGGCCCGGACGGUCAGGGACCUCCGGGCGUCCCGGGAGAGACGGGAAACGGAGAGCGACGACACCGACGGCUCGGCCGACCACUUCGCCUGACGGAGACUCCGCCCACACGGCCGGACGUGGGCGUGGCCACCCACUGAGGCGCUCUUUUCUCAGGAAGUGCAUGUUUAUGCUUGCAGCACAAUUGUUUUUUUGUUUUUUUUUUAUUUUUACCGUGAAAUGCACCUUGCUUUGUCGUUUU